AUGUGUGAUGUCUGUGAUGAUGUUGGUGAAUUGGCUACCCAAGAAGAUGCACUCGCGCACCUACUUGAUACAGGUCACGCGUCCUGCAGUCAGUACUCCAUGUCGAAGCACGAGGAGGGCGAAGUGGAGGUUCUGGAAUUGAUAUCCCCGCGCCUAAUUGUGCCGCCUUCGGUAAACAAGUCGACAACAGCCGAACCUGACUUUGGAUGGAAAAGCGGUGAUACUGUGGUCUACUGUCCUUUGUGCCAUCUUGUUUUGCCUGAUAAGGCUUCUCGCCUUACAGUUGAUGCUAACCGCCCCGUCUGCGUUAAAUGUGGCGUCAAAUUUCCGAGUCUGUCUGAAUUGGCAUCUCACUGGUUCCACAAAUCCCCUAAUUGUUCGCCGCUACGUUCCUCCUUUGCCGUGCCACAUCAUGUUGUGGUUGAGUGCUGUCGUUGUGGUCGACAACGGGAUAGUACCGUCUGUUCCAGUGCUCCUCUCUCACUGAGUGAUGAUGGGACAAAUGUCUGCGCUACUAUGUCGGCAAACUUUCUUGGCAAUACGAUACUUGCACACAUGAUUGGAGCACACUUACCCGGGUUACCCCAUACGGACAAUGAACAACUGGCAUUCCGGUUUCGCUUUGUGGAGGUGAAGGAGGUAAAUAUGUUGCAGGAACACAAGACGAAUGAAUCAAUAAACGGUCUACCUGCUAACUAUCCCUUUCGUAAUUCUGAAGAUGCAUCCUUGUCUCAUCCAACUCCGGCUAAAUUAGCUAGGAAGAAAAAUCAUCACAACGACCUACCUCCUUCCCCUGAGAUCGAAAUUUCUCCUGUUGAUCCAAUCUGGCAGAUGAUUGAUCCAACUCCGGAUAUUCAGACUCUGUUUACCACCUUCGACAAACAAUUUUUCGGUGGCCGUCUCUCUGCCGUGGAGGUGCGAUGGAGUCCUCGCAUGACGCUCUGUGCUGGCCUUUGUGUCUACGAAGGUCGUGGUGGCCUUUGUUCCAUACGCAUGAGUGAGCCUCUCCUGAAAUACCGUCCUCGAAGCGAUACUGUUGAAACUUUAUUGGAUCGUGAUGGCCAUGGAUCGAAUUUCAAAUUCCACAUGAAUCGGAUUAAUGCCUGUGCAAAGACCAACAUCACUAUUUACCAUAACUUUCACGACGAAGUGAACAAUUACAAAGUGCAUUGGUGGAAGUGCAAUGGACCAUGCGCCUCUCGUCCUCCCUUUUUCGGCCUUGUUCGGAGGUCAAUGAAUCGUGCUCCUGGACCCAACGACAUCUGGUGGAGCGAGCACCAAGCCAGCUGCUCUGGUCAAUUUAUCAAAAUCAAAGAACCGGAAAAAAGUAACAAGAAGCCAAAGAAUGUCACGAAGGUUAACCAGAAAAGAAAACAAACUAAGCUGGUGGCUUCCAGCUCAACGCCCGACUUACGGUCAUAUCUCCUUGGGUCGCCGAAAUCUCAGGAAGCAGGAGGACAUUCUAUGCAAGUUGAAGACUUGCAGCCCCCAUCUGAAACAGACAGGUUGACAUCUAAUAGGCCCGAGCAGGCUGUGGUGCCCUUCAGCGGAGUGGGUCACGUGCUGGGCGGUUUACGGCCUCCCCAACGGAGUCGACUUCUUGCCCUGCCGAUCACCAGCCAGUCUUCAGCCGCUGGGUGUGACAGAACUGCCUCGGCGGCUUCGUCCAAGGAGUUGGCAGAGUGCCCUGUCUGUUCCCAAAAACAGCCAAUUUUAUUAAUGGAUGCGCAUUUAGACGAAUGUCUUGCCCGAUAG